ACUCCGCCUAUAUUGUCUCAACAUAGCCGGUCCCAAGCCCAGGUAAAGGAGGAGGGUUGUGAUAGGCGAGGCGAGCCAACGUAAAAAACCCAGCCACUCUUAUGGAGAUGAAACCCAAAGGAACCUCGUUGGGGCGUAACCCUCUUAGCGACGCGCCACAUCGGAACCCGGGUGUGGUGUCAAAUGGGCAAGGGCCGGGCCGUCACCCCCUUGGUGGCGCGCCGUAUCUUGAUCUGGAUACGGUGAUAAGUGAGCAAGGAUCGGGUCGCCGCAUCCUUAGUGGCGCGCUGCACCGACGCCCCGGUGUAGUGAAAAAUGAGCAAGGGUCUCCGCAUUUGACUCGACGAGUGCGUAGGGUAAGGAAGUUAGCCGAGCCUAGGAGGAUACGCUUAGGUAGCUGGAACGUAGGGUCCCUGACGGGUAAGUUACGGGAGUUAGUUGAUACAGCGGUGAGGAGGCGUGUUGAUGUCCUAUGUGUCCAAGAGACCAAAUGGAAGGGACAGAAGGCGAAGGAGGUGGAGGAUACCAGUUUCAAGUUGUGGUACACGGGGACAACUUCAAACAAAAAUGGAGUAGGCAUCUUGGUCAAUAAGAGCCUCAAGGAUGGAGUUGUGGACGUCAAGAGGCAAGGGGACCGGAUGAUCCUUGUCAAGCUGGUUGUUGGGGACUUAGUCCUCAAUGUUAUCAGCGCGUAUGCCCCACAAGUAGGCCACAAUGAGAGUACCAAGAGGGAGUUCUGGGAAGGCCUGGAGGACUUGGUUAGGAGGGUACCUAUUGGUGAGAAGCUCUUCAUAGGAGGAGACCUCAAUGGCCAUGUGGGUACAUCUAACACAGGUUUUGAAAGGGUGCAUGGGGGCUUUGGCUAUGGCAUCAGGAACCAAGAAGGAGAAGAUGUCCUGAGCUUCGCUCUAGCCUAUGACAUGGUCGUAGCUAACACCCUCUUUAGGAAGAGAGAAUCCCAUCUAGUGACGUUCAGUAGUGGUCUACACUCUAGCCAGAUUGAUUUUGUCCUCUCUAGAAGAGAAGACAGACGCGCCUGCAUAGAUUGUAAGGUGAUACCUGGAGAGAGUGUUGUCCCUCAACAUAAGCUGGUGGUUGCUGACUUUCGCUUUAGGAUCCGUGUCCAGCGGGGUAAGCGCGCCAAAGUCGCUAGAACAAAGUGGUGGAAGCUCAAGGGUGAGGCAUCCCAGGCUUUCAGGGAGAGGGUUAUUAAGGAGGGUCCUUGGGAGGAAGGAGGCGAUGCAAACAUGAUGUGGACGAGUAUGGCGACCUGCUUGCGGAAGGUCGCCGUAGAGGAGUUUGGGGUGACUAAGGGAAGUAGAAGGGAAGCUAAGGAUACCUGGUGGUGGAACGAUGAGGUCCAGAAGGUUAUUAGGGAGAAAAAAGACUGUUUCAGAUGCCUAUAUCUGGACAGGAGUGCAGCUAACAUGGAGAAGUACAAGGUGGCGAAGAAGGCUGCAAAGCGGGCGGUGAGUGAAGCAAGGGGUCGGGCAUAUGAGGACCUCUACCAACGCUUAAACACGAAGGAAGGCUAAAGGGACAUCUAUAAGAUGGCCAAGUUUAGGGAGAGGAAGACGAGGGAUGUCAACGAAGUCAAAUGCAUCAAGGACGGAGAUGAUCAGCUUCUUGUGAAGGAUGAGGCGAUCAAGCGUAGAUGGCGGGAGUACUUUGACAACCUUUACAAUGGAGAGGCUGAGAGCUCUACCAUUGAGCUAGACGACUCUUUUGAUGAAACCAGCAUGUGCUUUGUGCGACGUAUCCAGGAGUCUGAGGUUAAGGAGGCGUUAAGGAGGAUGAAAGGCGGCAAGGCGAUGGGUCCUGAUGGUAUCCCCAUCGAGGCGUGGAGAGGCCUUGGAGACGUAUCGAUAGUAUGGCUAACUAAGCUUUUCAACCUCAUUUUUCGGUCAAACAAGAUGCCCGAAGAAUGGAGGCGGAGUAUUUUAGUACCAAUCUUCAAGAACAAGGGGGAUGUUCAAAGUUGUACUAAUUACCGUGGAAUCAAGCUGAUGAGCCAUACUAUGAAGCUAUGGGAGAGUCAUUGAGCACCGCUUAAGAAGGUUGACAAGCGUGACCAAAAACCAAUUUGGUUUCAUGCCUGGGAGGUCUACCAUGGAAGCCAUCUUCUUGGUACGACAGCUGAUGGAGAGAUACAGGAGCAAAAGAAGGACCUUCAUAUGGUGUUCAUUGAUUUGGAGAAGGCCUAUGAUAAGAUACCUCGGAAUGUCAUGUGGUGGGCCUUGGAGAAACACAAAGUCCCAAUAAAGUACAUUACCCUCAUCAAGGAUAUGUAUGAUAAUGUUGUGACAAGUGUUCGAACAAGCGAUGGCGACACUGAUGACUUUUCAAUUAGAAUAGGGCUACACCAAGGGUCAGCUUUGAGCCCUUACCUUUUUGAUUUGGUGAUGGAUGAGGUCACAAGGGAUAUACAAGGAGACAUCCCAUGGUGUAUGCUCUUUGCGGAUGAUAUGGUGCUAGUCGAUGAUAGCCGAACGGGGGUUAAUAGAAAGUUAGAGUUGUGGAGGCGAACUCUCGAAUCGAAAGGUUUUAGGCUUAGUAGAACUAAAACUGAAUACAUGAGGUGCAGUUUCAGUUCUACUAGGCACGAGGAGGGAGAGGUUAGCCUUGAUGGGCAGGUGGUACCGGAGAGAGACACUUUUCGAUAUUUGGGGUCCAUGUUGCAGAAGGAUGGCGAUAUCGAUGAAGAUGUGGGCCACCGAAUCAAGGCUGGUUGGAUGAAGUGGCGCCAAGCUUCUGGCGUACUUUGUGACAAGAGAAGUGCCACAAAAGCUAAAAGGCAGGUUUUAUAGGACAACUAUCCGACCUGCGAUGUUGUAUGGCGCUGAGUGUUGGCCAACGAAGAGACGACAUAUCCAACAGUUAAAUGUAGCAGAGAUGCGCAUGUUGAGAUGGAUAUGUGGCCACACAAGAAAGGAUCGGGUACGGAACGACGAUGUACGGGAGAGA